GUGUGUGUGUGUGCGUUUGAGUGUGAAUGGAUAAAGGGGGCGUUUCUUCAGCGAGAGGCAAAGCAGAGGGGAAAUCUCAAUGCAAGCUGCGCCAGAGUUUUCAGUCUCCUCUAUCUCCGCCCCUCAAUGCAUGUUAUAUAGUGAAACCUGAAGCGGUGGCUGACAGCCCCGCUCUGUCCCGGAAGGCUGCCGUCUGUCAAACAUUAUGCAAGGUGAGAAACGAGAUGCAGAAAACACGUCCAAGGCGGAGCCGUCCAACGGUCAUGGCAGGCCGGUGGACAUCGUCCCCAGCACCGAGGAGAAGAUGAUGGACAGGGGCCAGUGGGGCAACAAGAUCGAGUUUGUCCUAUCUGUCGCCGGGGAAAUUAUCGGCCUGGGCAACGUCUGGCGUUUCCCCUACCUUUGCUACAAGAACGGAGGAGGGGCUUUUUUUAUUCCAUACCUCAUCUUCCUGUUUGCUUGUGGCAUCCCCGUGUUCCUCCUGGAGACUUCUUUGGGACAGUACACCAGUGAGGGCGGCAUCACUUGCUGGCGGAAGAUUUGCCCAUUGUUUGAAGGAGUGGGUUAUGCCACCCAGGUGAUUGUCGCUCUCCUGAACAUCUACUACAUUGUUGUGCUGGCCUGGGCCAUAUUCUUUCUCUUCAACUCCUUCACCUGGGAUCUUCCCUGGGCGUCUUGCAACAACACAUGGAACACAGAUUCCUGCAUGGCAUUUCAGAGGGGAAACGGCUCCGUCAAUCACCAUGAGAACGCCACCUCUCCCGUCAUUGAGUUUUGGGAGCGUAGAGUCCUGAGAAUUUCCUCUGGCAUUGACCACAUUGGCGCGUUAAACUGGGAUCUGGUCGCCUGCUUGGCCGUCGCGUGGGUCAUCUGCUACUUCUGCAUCUGGAAGGGAGUCAAAUCAACUGGGAAGGUGGUUUACUUCACGGCUACUUUCCCGUACAUCAUGCUGUUGGUCCUGCUGAUCAGAGGAGUCACUUUGCCCGGAGCCUUGAGGGGAAUCCACUAUUACCUUUACCCCGAUUUGGGACGACUGUCUGACCCCCAGGUCUGGAUGGAUGCUGGAACGCAGAUAUUUUUCUCAUAUGCCAUCUGCCUGGGCUGCCUUACAGCCUUAGGAAGCUACAACAAAUACAACAACAACUGCUACAGGGACUGCGUGUGUCUCUGUUUCCUGAACAGCGGCACAAGUUUUCUCGCCGGCUUUGCCAUCUUCUCCAUUUUGGGUUUCAUGUCCUUUGAGCAAAACGUGCCGAUCUCAGAAGUGGCCGAAUCUGGUCCCGGUUUGGCCUUCAUAGCAUAUCCUCGCGCUGUCACCAUGAUGCCCGUUUCCCCUCUCUGGGCCUGCUGUUUCUUCGUAAUGAUUGUGUUCCUGGGACUGGACAGUCAGUUCGUGUGCGUGGAGAGCUUGGUGACAGCCAUGGUGGACAUGUAUCCCUCCGUCUUCCGCCGCAAAAACCGCAGGGAGCUCUUCAUCCUGGCAGUAGCUGUGGUGUCCUUCCUUUUGGGACUCAUCAUGCUGACAGAGGGAGGCAUGUACGUCUUCCAGCUGUUUGACUACUACGCAGCCAGCGGGAUGUGCCUUCUUUUUGUGGCUAUUUUUGAGACUGUUUGCAUUGCCUGGGUUUAUGGUGCUGAUCGUUACUAUGACAACAUAGAGGAUAUGAUCGGGUACCGUCCCGGCCCCGUCAUUAAAUUCUGCUGGCUCUUCUUUACCCCAGCAACGUGCUUCGGAACCUUUGCCUUUGCCUUGAUCAAGUACUCACCUCUGAAGUACAACAAUGAAUACGUGUACCCAGUAUGGGGGGACGGGAUUGGCUGGGUUCUGGCUCUGUCCUCCAUGCUCUGCAUCCCUCUGUGGGCGGCAGGGAAACUCUACUAUACUCCAGGAACGCUUAAAGAACGCCUCAUUCUUCUCACCACUCCUUCCACUGACUUACCAACGACGAAGCAACAACAAGGGAGGCUGAUGGGCGUCCAACCUGGAGACGGCGACAAACCCCAGCAGAAAGCUCCUCCCACCAGAGAUGGCUACUUCCCCGUAGAUGAAAAAGAGUCUCACUGCUAGAGACUUGAGAGUCAAACUCUCUCUCUUUCUUUCUUUCUUUCUUUAUUUUUUCCUUUCUCUCCCUCUCUCUCUCCCACUUUCUCCCUCACUCCCUUACAUCAGGUGAAGACUUUCAGAGCCACCAUACCUGUAACUGCACCUCUUGCUACUGGAUCUUCCUCCCUCGUCCUGGUGCCUUGAACAAAACAUUCUCCAUCCUCUUUUGGAGAGCGUGUCAGCAUCUCAUUUGCCCAUGGCAGAGUAAUGUGUACAUUUGAAAACGUGACCACUAUAGGUUCUCAGUGGCAAAGAAAUUUGCUUUCUAAGGAAGCCUUUUCACCUGUUAUGGACAUCUGUAAUGUUCAGUUAGUUUGACGCGACGUUUUGGUAACUUUCGUUCAUUUUUAACGGCCUGGCCUGCAGCAGACGGAGCACAAGAAGUGUCCCGACACUGACUGCAGCGUUCACGAAAAGCUAACUUGAAUAACAUUAUUGACUUUUUAAUUGCAUUUUUUAAUUAUUAUUAUUAAUGCAACAUAUACGUAUGUUUUGGAUACAGUUCUGCAGGGAUGACUUUUGUCAUCUCUGUGCGUUCGUACACUAUCUUGAAAAAGUUUGAAAAGUCUGGAAACCUGGAAUUAUGGGGGAAAAGGCGAUUCUUUGUCUGAAAAUAUGGUUCAAGUUUCCAGACUUUAUUUCUUAUCGUACCUUUUUCUAUUAAACAAAUGGAAAUUUCCAUAAGCAGCAUGAUUUUUACACUGUUUUAUAUUUGAAUACACGUUAUGUUUCAUGUGUGAUUUUCCACAUUGGAUUUUAAAUUCAAGAUGUUCACUAUCACCGACUUGAGAGGGGAAAAAAAAAAAAAACCUGACAUUUUACUGCUUCUUCACUGAAGGCCAAAAGUGUCACAUUAAAUGCCACAGUAAGUCUUAAGCAAAUAUUUAUGGAUGUGACCAUUUAAAUAAAUAACAAUGCAGGACAAUGCAAAAUAAAUAAAUACAUUUCAGCAAUUAUUAAAUGUUUCUGGAUUACAGAAAUAGACAACUGCAUUUGAAAAUGCUUAAAGCAUGUAUUCUCUAUAUUUCAAAAGUGCAUGUGCUGAAGUAUUUGUUUUCUUUCCUUAUUCAAUAGUAAUAAAUUUAUUUUAUCUGUCAACCUGAUCCAUCGUUAGGAAUUUCAAAUAUGAUGAAAGAAAAUAUGAAAAAAUUAUAAAUGACAAGAUCCAUGUUGUCUUAUAAAUUCUAUUUUUAUUUAAAUAAUCACAUGAACAGCCAUGACUAGGUCCGCUCAUCUUUGCAGACGAGUUCUUCUCAUUCAAGUCGGUUUUGAUGUCAAACGUUAAAGAAUCGGAAUAGAAUAGAUCCUGAUUCACAAAUAAGUGUUGAGUUUGAAGUAAAACUGAUCCAAGUCCAGUAGUUGUAAAAAAAACAAAACAAAAAAACAGCAAUGGACCUUUAAAGUGUCAAAACGAAAAAUUGGGAGCCAACAUCAGUGUUGUAGUUUUUUAAUGCUUUGUGGGAAAAAAACACCUGGUCUCUACAGGUGUUUUUGAAAUGAUUGUAAUGCACUUCAAUGUCCAAAAUGUUCUAAAUGUAAACAUUUGAGCCUACAAACUGGAAACCAGUGUAGGAACCUGUAAUUUCAACUCCCUCAAUACCACACUUCUUUUUCUCUUUCUUUCUUUCUUUUUUUUUACCGAAGUAUACUAAUAAGUGCUGCUUGAGAGAAGUUGAGGUGAGGAAUGUAGCUCAAAGGACCAAUCAGAUAAGCUGUUUUGGUUUUUUUAUCCCGUUGUAAUACUUUGGAAAAUUACGAUUUAAUUUUUCACCUGCUUUACUGAACUUUGCAGAGUUGCAUGGUUAUUUUGUUUGUCUUUUUUUUUUUUAUCGUUUCCUUUUACUUUUGAUGUUGACACAGUUUUACCUUAGCUGGGGGUGUCUUGUAUCUAAUAUACAGGUUUUUUUAUGCCAUUAAAAUGCAAAGGUUCUUAAACAGGGUGUUGAUCUGGGAAAGCUGGUUGAUAUGUUUCUUUUUAAAAAAAAAAAAAAGCCUUAAUUGAUUUCUUUUCUGGUGCACACGACAAACCUCAGACUUGGUUCAUGUGGGAAUGAAUGUACAAUAACCGAUUACUAUACAGAACAAUUUAUACAACUUUUCUAUUGUGAAAUAUGUUUUUAUGACUGAUUAAUAUCACCUUAAUUUUAAAACAAUGCUUUCUGUUUUUCUGAUGUUAUUCAUUUUAUCUUACCUGAUUUUCAUAUAACUGUCUUGGUAUAUAAAAAUAAUAAAACAAUCUGUUGUU